CGGCUUGGUUCUCUGAAUAUAGAUGGCCUUAGGGCCACCCUGCCGGAUGCUCGUCGCCGGAUCCUUUCUCGAUCUUCGCACGAACUCGGCCACCCAUCUCCAACGACGACAACCACGACGACGACGACCACGACGACCACGACUACAACCCUUGGCGGCGAGCGCAUCGUCACGAAGCAGUCUACGGACAGGAAUAGGGAGGUCCAGGCCCGUCGUCAGCUCGGGCAAUAGCCCGCCAUGUCGCUCGAGCAGAUUCCCUACCUAAGCCCAGCUGAGGCCGAGGCCAUGUGGAAUGGACCUGCCCUGGAGCCACCGCCGGGCGUGACGCCGAAAUACACGGACCGGUCUACUGCACUAGAAGUCCUCUACGUCGCUUGUGCGCUGGUGCUCAUCAUUGCCACGGGCUCGGCCGGCCUGCGGGCAUACUCCAGGAUAUGCAUUGUCAAAAAGGUCCAAAUAGAAGACUAUAUGGCCCUCGGAGCUCUUGGAGCUUUCAUCGCCUACGUUGGAGGCGUUUUUGCUUUCAUGCGGGUCUGUGGUUCAUUUGUCCAUCAAUGGAAUGUCCAGCUUAAAGACCUGCCUACUCUGAACUAUAUCGUUUACGUCUGUACCGUGCUUAACGAAGUCGUGUUUCUAUUAAUCAAACCUUGUAUUCUUAUCGAGUGGACACGAAUCUUCUCUACCAGGCGGGAUUACUUCUUCUGGACCUGUGCGGCCCUCAUCACGAUCAACGUCCUCUGGUACAUUGCCGUCAUCCUGCUCGCCAAUCUCGAAUGCUUUCCCAAGGAGAAGAUAUGGGAUAAAACGAUCGUUGGUGGCAGGUGUCUUGAUCCUAUCCAGGUGAAGCUCAUCUGGGUGUACAACGCGGCGGUGAAUCUUGGCCUGGAUGUUGUCAUCCUGAUUCUACCCCAGAAGGUCAUUUGGACUUUGAAGCUCAACAGAAAGAAGCGAGUGGGCUUGUCCAUGAUCUUUGCCUUUGGCCUUGUCUCCGUCUUUUGCGCCGCUAUGCGUUUGUACAAGACGACCACGUUCAUCUAUUCUAAAGACAUGACCUUUACUAUCUCCGAGUACGGCCUGUGGUGCAUCACCGAGAUCCUCUGCACUUUCCUGGUCUUCUGCCUGCCCGCCGUACCCAAGAUCAUCAUCGAAAGCAAGCCCAUGGCCCGCAUCGCAUCCUUCUUCGACCUCCGGUCUACCAAGAACACCUCGCGCCCAGACCUCGUCUCCGGCUCGCGCUGGCCCUCGUCCAAGCUUGGCGGAUCGUCCAGGAGCGGCAACAAGAGCGCCACCGGCGCCAGCAGCAGCCACUUCCGCAGCAAGGCCGGCACCUCCAACAACAGGGAUAUCGAGGACGUCGACGAUGGCAGCAGCGGCCACAGCCUGCAGCAGCUGGGCCAGCUGGGCCACCACGCCCGGUCCGAGUCUCAGGAGGAGCUGCGCCAGCAGGAGCGCGACCGCGACCGCAUUAUCACGCGGACGACCGAGUUUGUCACCAGCGAGGAGUACAUAACAACAGAGCAGGACAGGGACGAGGUCAUGCGCACAAAGCUCGGUAUCAGCCGACUGUAGCAGGGCAUGCCGUGUGUAAAUGAUGGAAAGCAUUCAUGCAAGUCGAUAGAAUAAUACACGCAAGAUACCCUCUUUUUUCGACGA